GUGGCUUUCCAAUUCCCAAUUUCAAAUCAAACGAAUAGUGAGUUCCCUUUGGCCUUUGGAAUUAUUCUCAAAAGGAUUUCUCUCUCUUUCCCCUUUCUUCACUCAAGCUUCCAUAACUUCGAAUUAAACACUCUCCAACUCCGCCAUGUUCACCGAUCAAUCACCGCCGCCAGCCACCGGAACCAGCCACGGCGGAGACGCUACUAAUCGGAUCGAGGAGGAUCAAAUUCGCGAAAUCCACGCUCUGACCUCGCCUCGACCACCACCGGCGCCGGCGAAUCGGAAUCGCCGCGGAGAGGCCUGGGAAACGGCCAGCGAAGGCGCCUCCAGCGAGAACUUCACCUCCAUGAGUAGAGAGUUCAAUGCUCUGGUGAUUGCCGGCGCGGAGAUCGGUAGCGAUUAUGGACAGGACCGGCAGAUUAACGAAGCUCCGAAUCAUUUGAGCCGAAUCGGAGAGGACGAUAUGCCGGAGGAGGAGACGAAUCCGUUGGCGAUCGUACCGGAUGGCCAUCCGUUCGAUGAUCAAUCGGCGCCGCCGACGAUCGCGAGACAAGAGAACGCCGCCGCUGCAAUCGGCGGCGGCGCGGCGGCGACGAGGGAGAUAUCGUUGCAGAUGGUGAAGAAGGAGGAGGUGGAGACGAAGAUAAGCGCGUGGCAGAACGCGAAGGUUGCAAAGAUCAACAAUCGGUUCAAGAGAGAAGAUGCAGUGAUCAGCGGAUGGGAGAGGGAGCAGGUUCAGAAGGCAUCUUCAUGGAUGAAGAAGGUCGAGAGGAAGUUGGAAGAGAAGAGGGCAAAAGCACUAGAAAAGAUGGAGAAUGAGGUAGCAAAAGCACAUAGAAAAGCAGAGGAGAGAAGGGCAUCAGCAGAGGCCAAGAGAGGAACAAAAGUGGCCAAAGUCAUUGAAAUAUCAAACUUGAUGAGAGCUGUUGGAAGGCCACCAGCCAAGCGCUCCUUCUUCUAAAUUUCUUCCUAAAAAUCCCAAUGGGGGAAAAAAAAAGAAACCCUCCAAAAAGAGCUGGAUCUUUUUUAAUUACUUUUGGAACAAAUGAAAUUUAUGUAUAUAUUACACAUCUCUUUCCCAAUAUCUCAACUUGUUUUAGGGUAAGAACUUGUAAGAAAUGGGCAAUGAGUGCUGUUUCUUAAGUUGUU